AACUGGUCACAAAUACGUCAGCGCUGCAGCGGUGGGAGGGCAAGAUGCUGGAGGCCACAGGCGUGGUGAAGAGCGCCGACAUAUAUAACCGCAAGUACGUGCGGCUGUACACGACGCUGAAUUUCAAGCAGACAAAGUACAAUCUGGUGCGCGAGCAGUCCGAGGGGUUCUCGAAGCUGCUGACGAUGAUCAUGUGGGCCACGAUGAAGGUUCCGCAGAGCGAAAUUACGCCUGAAAUCCUGGAACGCCUCGACUCUGGUUCGGACCGGCUUGGACCGCGUUCCAUGGCGGCGAUUCGCGAGAUUCCUGUCCUGCAGGAGUGCGUGGGAGACCUGUUGCGUAGCAUUAAGGGGGUGAUUGGUCAGUUCAGCCUUGACCCGAACCGUGUAGUCGAUAUUCUGCUCGACUGCUUCAUCACCGACGUGCGUGUCAGCUGGGCGUUCUUCCUGGCGCUGAUUGACGCAUCGCCGUGGGCUCGAUCCGACCGGCUGGCGCAGCUUGUCGGCUGGCGCUUUCAGAUUGCAGCUAAAUCAGCCAAAAACACAAAGCCAGCCGAAGAGCUCGUCACAGUGGCAGCGCUGCUCAUCUCCCACGACCUCAUCUCCCUGUCGGCACUGUACCCGUAUCUGAUGCCCAGCAAAGAUGUACCGUUUUUGGCAGAGUUGAAUGCGUGGCGUGACUCGCUCAGAGACUUGCAAGGCAGCCCGCUCAAUGCGCUGGCAUCAAUGGGAGCGCUCGAGGGCGACGGCAGCGGCGGCAGCGGCGAUGGCGGUGAAGACGAAGAGGAAGUCAAAGAGCCUGACGUCAACCAGCACGCGCUGUUGUGCGCGAAGCUGCUGGCGGUGGGCGAUGCAGACAGCGCGCUGCGGUAUCUGAAGAAGGAGCCAGACAUGGCCCGCGUGAACCCAGAGAUUGCUGACAUUGUGGUGCGCAUGAUCGACGAGGCCACGCGCUCGGUUUACGAAGCCACCGACUGCGUGCGGCUGCCAAGUCGGCCGCGGAUCCGCGUGAAGAUCUCGGUUCCAAGCAAGCCGCAGGCGGAGUGCAACACGUGGGGGCUGCCAGCACACGCCAAGCCCGAGGACGAUGGGCAUGGGCGGACGAUCAUUGUGCUGACGCCGCUGGUUACCCGAUCGGUUGAGGGCUUCUUUUACGACAAGUUCUGGCUCCGCGGGCGCCUACCCACGGCUACAGCGCUGAGGGAUAUGCCGAUGGUUCUGGCGCCGUGGUUGCGUGUGGCGUUUGUGCGACUCGCGGAGUCUCCGCAGCUUCUGACUCGGUUCAUCCGGCUCUGCCGGUUCGGCAUGCGGACCGAUUUCGAGAGGUGGUAUGGGUUCCUGUGCUCAUGGGUGGUCCCAGCCUACUCGCUGGCCAAGUCGAUGCCCGGGCUGUCGAACGAGCUGUGGUCGCUUGUCGGUGCCCUGCCGCUGAGCAGGCGCUACGAGUUCUACAACAUGUGGGAGGCGCUACUGGCUACUUGGGAGUCGAGGCUUCCCGAGAUUGUGUCUGAUGGUGAGCGCCCGGGCUCUAAGGCCAGUCAGCCGAUUGACCUGAUGUCAAUGUCGCUGGAGGAAACAUUCGAUGAUGAUGACGAAGAAGUCAUGGUCAGUAAUGAAAAGGCGGUGCAGCUGUCGAUGGUCGAAAUCGAGGUGCUGAUGAAGAAGGCGCGACGCGACGUCAACUCUGUGAUGCGGCGGCUAUCGGGCGAGAACGCGCGGGCCAUGGGGCGACGCCUGUGCCACCUGUGCCAUGCCACGCCAACAUUCUCUCUUGCGGUGAUUCUGGGCCAGGUAACAUCGUACGACAACCUUGUUGAGCCCGUGGUCGAGGCAUUCCGGUACCUGUCGCCGAUGGACGCUGACAUCUUAUUCUACUUGAUCAUCCAAAUGAUCAACGACCCGGAGCGCGACAACCUGAAGCGCAAGAAGCUGAAGUCAGACAACGUCAACCCGGCACACUGGCUGCAGAGCUUGGCGGCGUUUGUUGCAGCAUACAGCCAUCGGUACGAGUACGCGGGACUGGGCUUGGUCCUUGAAUAUCUGCUGAAGCGCAUGCUGCGGGUUACACGCAACAUUGACAAUGAGCCAGUAUACGAGCUGGUAAUUGUCUCCGAGUGCAUUCGGCGGUUGGCAGGCAUUGAGCCGCUGUCGUCGCCCACAGACGACCAGACCCUGGCGCUGCAGGGCGGGCCACAUUUGCGGCUCGAGGCGUACGGCAUGAACAGCUCAUGGCUGGUAUCUUCAGAGGCGUCCGUGGAAGCAUUGCUGGCAAUCAACACGACUAACAAGCUGACGCAUCGGCUGGCUGUCUGGCUGACGGACUUGCUGGUGGAGCGCAACCUGGUGCUGGGGUAUAUUGUCGGCAUGUGCACGCACGCUGAAGCGAUUGCGCGCACAAUGACGCUAUCAGUGAGCAACGCGUCGAUAUUCUAUGACCGUGAGGUGGAGCACAUCAACCAGCUGUUUAAUUUGCUGGUGUCAUAUCUGCCGCCAGAGCGCUACGCAUCCCUGGUGCCACCUCCUGAGGUGCUGGCGCAGAAAUACGGGCUGACAUGGCAGUGGGCGGUUUUGUUUGGGCGGCCAGUGUUGUCACAGCAGCUGGCCAAGGGGCUGAAGCAGUGGGAGGCGGAUGGAGCCAGUGUAGAAGUGGAGAUUGUCGAAUCUGAUACUCCAGCCCAGGAAGAGGAGGAAGAGAAGGAAGAUCGGGAGGAGGCCAGCGGCACUGAGACCGACAGCGACGACCGACAGCCGCGGGUGGUGCGGGACCUCACAUACAAGGCGCCACUAGUUUCGCGCGAAUUCGUAGACUACAUCAGCAAGAUAGUUCCAGCAGCGUCGCUUGAGCGUGGCAUCACAGCGGACUUUGUUGCGGUGUUUUGGGUCCUGACGCUGUACGACACGGAGGUGCCUGCGCUGCGGUACAAGAAGGAGAUCGAGAUUUUGCGCUCGCUGACCAAGCGGAUUGACGCGGUGGAGCGGUCGGCGUCGCGGUCGCAGCGCCAUAACUUGGAGAAUCUGCGGAAACGGGCGAAGCUGCUGGCAGAGGAGUUAGAGCGCGAGCACCAAGAGCAGCAGCAGCACGUGGGACGGAUCCGCAAAUGGCUGACAGUGCAAAAGGACUACUGGUUCUGCAUGGCCCUGGUGCAGCGCAAGUUCACGGUCGAGGCUAUAUUGGACCACUGCGUGCUGCCGCGCAGCAUGCAAUCGGCGGCGGAUGCCAGCUUCUGCGCCAAGUUCCUGUGGAUGAUGCAUUUCCCGCUGGCGACCAACAAGUUCAGCAUUGUGUCGGUGUACGAUCACGUAUUCUGCAAGAAGGCUGCUGAUAUCCUGAGGUCAAUGACCGAGAACGAGACACGCUACUACGCGCGCUUUAUGGAUAUUUCGCUGAUGUACCUGACCAAUAUGCGGGCGAACGAGAGGCUCUACAAUGACCGGGCGCUGAACGCAUGGCGCGGGUUGAUUGGAUUCUGCCGCACGUGGACGUACCAGCGUGGGUUCCUGCCGCCGCCGUCGCGGACGAUCGGACGAGCGCGGGGCCCGGCGACGCCCGGCGACUACUCGCGCAUCAAAAAGAACGUGGUGCAGAUGACAUUUGAUGAUUUCCGCUCGGUGAUGUUCAAGUUCCAGGCGGAGCUGUACAAUGGCAUUGAGCUGGCUCUGGACAAGGGCAACAAAAACACCGUGCGCAAUGCGAUCCUGGCGCUCAAGGAGAUGCACAAGUCGUUCCCGGCCACCCAGCGGCUGGGCGAAAAGAUCCAGGCUAAAAUCGACGUAAUCACCACUAGCGACGAGACGAACCUCAAGGUCUUGGCCAUCUCGUACAAUGCCGUGCUGAGCGCGGCCAGAAGGUCCAUGCUGCCCGAGUCCGAGUACUGCCCGAACCCCAGAAGUGCUGUCCGGCCGUCAACCGCCAGCUCGGCAGUCUCGUCGCCCAAGGAGCCCGCCAAGGACAUUGCCAAGUCACGCAAUGAACCGCCCAAGACCAAGCCGCCAAAAGCCGAGCCAACCCGCAGUACUCAAGACGGCUCGCCGCGUCGCCCUGCACCCAAGCAACCAGCAGCUCGCGAUACGCACCGUGCAGUGACUGCCGCCGCAGCAGCAGCCGCCGCCUCCACCAGCCAGGCAGCCGGGCGCCGCACCGACCGAAAGCCAGCUGAGGCCAAAAACGAAUCCAUGGCCCGUCGCCAAAAUGAGCCCAACCCGGAACCGCCUGCGAAACGCGCACGCGACCCGCCCGCCGACAAUGUGCCGGAUGUGAAGCGCUCGCGUGCGGAUCGCCCCGCAGAGCCCCAGCAGGACGCGAAACGCGCACCACCCGAGCAUGGCGUCAAGCGCAGGCGGGACACACCAGAUCGGGCCCAGGAGGCCGUGCCAGCCAAGCGCAUGCGCGACACGCCUGAGCACGGCGUCAAACGCAGGCACGACACGCCCGAUCGGGCCCAGGAGGCGGUGCCGGCCAAGCGCAUGCGCGAGUCGCCAAAAACUGAGCGCAAGGACGAGCCAUCUGGUGAGUCACCGGCAGCCGAAUCGGUUGGGCAGAGGACAGAGCAGCGGAAGCAGGAGCUGCGCGCGCUGGUGCGCCAGCAACAAAACCAGCGUCAGCACGAGAAGGAGCGCGCGCCGAGGCAGGGUCGUGGCAGCCGCAAUAGCUCCAGGGGGCGUGAGCCCGAGAAGCCACGGGAGUAUGAGUCGCCCAGGCACCAGAAUAAUCGCCGCAAGGAUGACCGCGGUGUGGCCAGCAGACUCGGCCCUGAGCAGAAGAAGCAAGAGCCGAAACCAGAGCCCAGGCAGCAGCAGCGCCAACAGCAGCGCCAGGACCAGCGCCAACAGCAACAGCAGCAGCAACAGCAGCAGGUACCGGAUCGCCACCACCGCCGCAACCGCGGCAAUGACAGCCGUGGAAAUGACAGCAGAGGCAGCGAUGGCAGAGCCGAUAACCGUGGCAGCCGCCGCGCAUCGCCUGACUAUAACGGUCGCCAGCAGCCGCAGUCGCAGCCGCAGCAGGCGCGACGCGACAACCAGCAAAAUGACGGUCGCAGCGACAACCAGCGCGGCCCACCUCCCCGGCGCGGCGGACGCGGGGCUGAUCAGCGGCACCGCAACGACAGGCGGCACCGCAAGUAGAAACCACGUGCAUUUUUCCCAGCAACCAAUAUCUCUAUUAUAAACCUCAUCCACUGAAAC